AUGGCCACUGCGACAGACGACAAGAUUCAGCUGUUGCUCAGCAAACCGCGCAAUGAGUUGACCGAAUAUGAGAUUGGCGUGCUCGAGACACACGAGUUCACUUCCGGCCCGCUAUCGCUCCUCCAAACCGCCGUCCGACAACACACACAAGUCCUGAUCUCAUGCCGUAACAACCGCAAACUGCUCGCACGUGUCAAGGCUUUUGAUCGGCAUUGCAACAUGGUGCUGGAGAAUGUGAAGGAGAUGUGGACGGAGAUUCCGCGUCUGACCGACGGAAAGCGAGGCCGUCCAGUCAACAAGGAUCGCUUUAUUAGCAAAAUGUUCCUGCGCGGUGACAGUGUCAUCCUGGUGCUAUUGAGCUGA